AUGAACAGAUUGCUGACCUCCCUCUUUAACAUGUCGCGACCGAAGAAGCCCACGCAUGCAGCCGUAACGCGAUUCGUCGAGACGUUCCUACCGCCGAAGGAAAACGAUGUCCAGCGACUCUACCACACGCCGCGAAACCCUCGAUACGACUCUGAGACCGCCGUGGUUGAGCAGAUUGUAUUGAGUGUUACCCCUACACCAGGGGUAUACUCAUUGAUUGGCUAUCCACUAGACGAGAGCACCAUUGGCGCAACGACGCUCCUCCCAAGAAUAUACCCCCGGCCGCCGCGAACACUAUGCUUUCUGCACCGGCCUUUCCAACUCGACAGGCGCAGCGUGCGCAAAGGAACACUUGUACUUUCGAGCCAUACAUCUUUCGACGAAGUCCUCACUGUUGGAUGGAACACGGUGCUGGCGGAGCGCCUGGGCAUGGCGACGGCAGACUGCCUCUGCGUGCAAGGCUACAAAGGAGAUCCAGAGAGAAAGAUUGGAAUCAUCGGUCAGGUCUCUAAAACUCUGGAUGCAGUUCUGAGCCAAGUACAGGAUGAGUUUGGAGCAUCGGAGCUCGCGCACGAAGGAUACUCGGACGAGAUACGCAUCAUUGCGAUCAUGAACGCGUUCAACGAGGACGAGGUGCAUUGCGUGUUGGCAAUGGCUCAGGAGCGCGGGUGGAUAAUGGAGGGUGAAGACGGUGGACACUUGCUUUACCUGACCGGUCAACCCAGAGUCAGUGGCAUGGAGGCAGCCAAAGCACUGGGCAUGUCAGUAGUCUGCGUAGGACAUCGGCAAGGGGAAGAUUGGGGCAUUCGCUUUCUGGGCCAAGAGCUGAGGAAAGCGUUCCCUGGUGCGCGUGUGGAAGAAGUGUAUGAGGAGGAGAUACCCGUUGUAAGAGAGAAGAAAUUGCCUGUAACACAAGAUACCGCGCCGCAAUGA